GCUGAAUUCAGCUCAAUUAUGAAGGCUGAUCAAUGACUGGACAUCUGUGAUUGUUUCUCAGUGUCUGCUAGAGUUUCUGCUGGAGAUCACACUCUUCAGGUCCAUCAUGGAGGACACACACUCUUCAGGAGAUCAGGAUUUGAUUACAGGAUGCAGCUCACGUAAGAGGAAGACAGCAGAAGCAGAGCCCAGCUGUGUGUCUCUGAAGAGUGACGCGUCUAUGAAUCAACCAUUAAAAUUUAGUAUUGAACACACACGACCUGUUCUCAGUGUGGAUAGAGAAGAUCAGACUGGAGACCUGCAGCAGGAUUCAGUCCAACCAGAACAUGAUGAACUCCAGAGAGUCAAAGAGCAGCACAAAACCAGCAUGAAGAACAGGUAUGAGAGAUUAUUUGAGGGAAUCAACCAUCGAGAGACUCAAACCCUCCUGAACAGGAUCUACACACAGCUCUACAUCAUAGAAGGAGAGAGUGAAGGAGUGAAUGAAGAACAUGAGGUUUUACAGAUGGAGACAAGAGCCAGAACAGAACCCUCACAACACACUCCAGUCUACUGCAAUGACAUCUUUAAAGCCUCAGCUGGAGCAGGACAUGAGGAGAAGAUCAAGAAGAAGAAAGCCCAGAUCAAGACUGUUCUCACUAAAGGCAUCGCUGGAAUCGGGAAAACCGUCUCUGUGCAGAAGUUCAUUCUGGACUGGGCCGAGGGAAAAGACAAUCAGGAUGUAGAUUUCAUGUUUGUGCUUCCAUUUCGAGAGCUGAACUUGAUCAGAGAUCAUCAGUACAGUCUUCACAGACUUCUGCUGGACUUUCAUCCUGAACUUGAAGAUCUGGAGCCCAAGAUUUAUGAGCAGUGUAGAGUUGUGUUCAUCUUUGAUGGUCUGGAUGAAAGCAGAAUCACACUCAACUUUUCAGAUGAGGAGAAAGUUUGUGCUGUGACUGAAUCUUCAUCAGUGGCUGUGUUGAUGUGGAGCCUCCUGAAAGGAGAUCUGCUUCCCUCUGCUCUCAUCUGGAUCACCUCCAGACCAGCAGCAGCCCAUCAGAUCCCCUCCAGAUACAUCAACCGUCUGACAGAAAUUCAGGGAUUCACUGAGCCUCAGAAGGAGGAAUAUUUCAGGAAGAGAAUCAGCGACGAGCAUCUAGUCAGCAGAAUCAUCUCCCACAUCAGAAGAGCAAGAAGCCUCCAGAUCAUGUGCCACAUACCCGUCUUCUGCUGGAUCUCCUCCACUGUGCUUCAGAAGCUCCUGGAAGAAGAUCUGAGAGCAGAAAUCCCUCAAACUCUGACUGAGAUGUACAUCCACUUCCUGCUGAUUCAGAUCAACAUGAGGAAUCAGAAGUAUGAAGAGAGAGAUCCAGAGAAACUCCUGCAGUCCAGCAGAGGAGUGAUCCUCAAACUUGCUGAAGUGGCUUUCACACAGCUGAUGAAGGGCAAUGUGAUGUUCUAUGAGGAGGACCUGAUUGAGAGCGGCAUAGACGUCACUGACGCCUCAGUGUAUUCUGGGAUCUGCACUGAGAUCUUCAAGGAGGAAUCUGUGAUUCAUCAGAGGAAAGUCUACAGCUUCAUCCAUCUCAGCUUUCAGGAGUUUCUGGCUGCUUACCAUGUGUUUUACUGCCAUUUAACAAAGAACACAGAAGAGCUGGAGUUGAUUUUUGAAAAAUAUUCAUAUAAUCAACAUCUACAGGACGUGUCUGAGAAAUCUCUGUUUAAACUCCUCAGUUCAGCAGUAGAUAAAGCUGUAGAGAGCAGUAAUGGUCAUCUGGAUCUGUUCCUGCGGUUCCUGCUGGGCAUCUCACUGGAGUCUAAUCAGAGACUCUUACAGGAUCUGCUGACACACACAGAGGAGAGCUCAGAGAGCAUCAGAGACACCACACAGUACAUUGAAGAGAUGAUCAAGGGAGAUGAUGAACGUCUCUCAGCUGAAAGAUCCAUCAAUCUGUUGCUCUGUCUGCUGGAGGUGAAAGAUCAGACUCUGUCCAGAGAGAUUCAGGAGUUUGUGAAAUCAGACAAACGCUCAGAGGAGAGACUCACUCCUGUUCAAUGUUCAACAAUCGCCUAUAUGCUUCAGAUGUCAGAGGAGCCGCUGGAUGAGUUUGAGCUGCAGAAAUUCAACACAUCAGUUGAGGGAAGACAGAGACUAAUACCAGCUGUGGGAAACUGCAGAAGAGCUCUGCUACAGGGCUGUAAGCUCCCUGCUCAGUGCUGUGAGAGUUUGUCUUCAGCUCUACAAUCCUCAAACUGUGUCCUGAGAGAGCUGGACCUGAGGAACAAUGACCUGCAGGAUUCAGGAGUGAAGCUUCUCUCUGAUGGACUGAAAAGUCAACACUGUAAACUGGAGACACUGAGACUGGUCAUGUGUAAUCUCACUGUUCAGUCCUGUGAGAGUUUGUCUUCAGUUCUACAAUCCUCAAACUGUGUCCUGAGAGAGCAGGACCUGAGUAACAAUGACCUGCAGGAUUCAGGAGUGAAGCUUCUCUCUGAUGGACUGAAGAGUCCAAUCUGUAAACUGGAGAUACUGAGAUUGUCUGGCUGUAUGGUGACAGAGGAAGGCUGUGGUUUUCUGUCUUCAGCUCUGACUUCAAACCCCUCACACCUGAGAGAGCUGGAUCUGAGCUACAAUCAUCCAGGAGAUUCAGGAGUCAAGCUGCUCUCUGACCAACUGGAGGAUCCAAACUACACACUGGACAAACUCAAUCUGGAUCAUGGAGGAGUGAAGGAGAUUACUGCAGGACUCAAAAAAUAUGGCCGUUUCCUUGCACUGGAUCCAAACACAGCACACACUCAACUCAUUCUGUCUGAGAACAGAAAGGCAACCCUUGUGGAAGAGAAUCAGCCGUAUCCUGAUCAUCCAGACAGAUUUGAUGUUCGUACUCAGGUGUUGUGCAGAGAGAGUGUGUGUGGACGCUGUUACUGGGAGACUGACUGGAGUGGAUAUGGUGUGUGUAUAGCAGUGUCAUAUAAGAGCAUCAGCAGGAAGGGAGGAGAAGAGUCUUGGUUUGGAUAUAAUGAUCAAUCCUGGAGUUUGUUCUGCUCUCCCUCCAAUUUCUCAUUCACACACAAUAACAGACAGACUCUUCUCCUAGCAAAGCCAAUUAGCCGUAGAAUAGGAGUGUUUGUGGAUCACAGUGCAGGAACUCUGAUCUUCUACAACAUCAGAGGAGACACAAUGAGCCUCAUCCACUCAGUCCAGACCACAUUCACUGAGCCACUCUACCCUGGGUUCUGGGUUUAUUAUUCUGGAUCAUCAGUGAAACUGUGUUGAAGGCUGAGACUGAGGAGAGAUUUCCCCAUAGUCCUCUGCUUUGCAGGAUCGCAGGUCCUGAUUCUGCAGAGUUCAAGUGUGAAGCCUAUGAUACAGUGUUUCAACCAAUUAGAUGUGUGUGUGUGCAGUAGUUGGUCAUGUGACGCAAUAGAGCAAGUUUAGGCAGUAGAUAAGGCCAGUGCUAUGCAGUUGCUAGUGUAGUCUGGGUGGUUGCUAGGGUACACUGAUUAGUUACUAGACAAGCCUCACUUACCUGUUUGAUCAAAUAUUAAUACUUAGUAAGCAUUGAUAUAUUUUAAUUCAUAUUUUAUCGAAUUAAUCUAGAAUGUUUUGUUAUUAAUACUAGUAAGCAUUCCAGCAUGUUGUAGCACCUAGCUAAUCAUUAUUAGCAUGUAGUUAGUCACUGCUAGCAUGUAUAGUGUUAAGGAAGUCUCAUUUUUAGCAUGAGGCAAACAAGGCAAUCCCCACAUCUCUACAAUGUACUGAUAGCUGAUGAUAAAUGGUUGCUAGGGUACUCUGUUUUGUUGCUAUGGGAGUGGUUACAGAGUGAACUUAAGUGUGGUUGGUUGCGUCAGGAUGUCCUAGCGCCCCAGGGGUACAACUGUUACCUCCUUGUGGGGUAUGUUCUUACUCCGGCUGCAAACCUCAUCAGGUUUUGUAAAUCUCAUGUUUCUACACACUUGGUGCUAUGAUGCCUCAACGUUUGGCACAUUGUUAAGUCAAUACAGUCUGUGUGGCCAAAAACCCUUAUAAAAGUCAUAGCACACAGAUCCAUUUUAAGGGUCUGGGAUGAAAAUUGCGAGACUCUGUACUGUUGGCCACCUUAAGACUUGUUUGCAGGAAGAAUGGGACAAAAUGACACCUGAAACUCUUGAUCACUCUGUGUCUUCAGUCGCUAAACGUCUUUUAAGUGUUGUGAACAGGAACGGCAGCAUUACAAACUGGUCAAGUUUAAUGUGGAUAGGCCUCUUAGGACAUUUUAUUCUUCGUUUAUUGAGUCUGUUUCAACUUUUGCAGUAAUAUGCUGGCUUGGUCAUUUGAGGGUGACAAGUAAAAACAGACUUUCUAAAGUUGUUCAUCAAUCUCAAAUAGGGAUGCUCAUUUCGGAUAAUUUUGCCAACCGACAACCGCAGCUCGUUAACGGGUUAUUAACGGUUAACUGGUCAGAUUAAUAUUAAAUUAGUAUUUAAUAAAAAAAAAUGAAUAAUUCACGUGUCUAUUUUGUGACACAUUAAAUUUAGGUUUAUUUAGGUUUAUUUUAACAUGCGAGCAACCGCAUACAGAACAACGGAGCAUAUUCACGCACCUGCGGGGUUCCAACUGCAUAGAAAUAAGAAUAAACUUAAAAAUAAAAAGAAUAAAAUAAAUAGGCCUGCUUUUUUCACUUAAAAGACAAAUUUAGAUUACGAAACAAAAAAGCAGACUCAACCUUUUAAGAACCGGAAUAUGCUGCUUGUCUAGCGGGUUUUUUUCUUCCGUCAAAUACAAAUAGCAGGCUAUCUCAAACCGAUCACUUGAUUUGAGAUCGCCCACGGAAAAUAGACCUAGGCCUAUGCAUUUAAUUUAAGGAUACUCGUUUCGGGUAAUUUUCCCAACGAUAACUGCUAUUUUUCCAAAUAUUAACUGAUUAAUAAAUUGUCAUUUAAUGAAAAAAGAUUGAAAGAAAAAAGAAUUCACGAGUGUUUGACACAUUAAAUAUUGCAUUUUUAAAAACAUUUAUUUAACGUGUGCUAACAGCAAAUUACAGAACAUAUCAACAACAGAAAGAACCUGGAUACAAUUUUUUCAUGCACCAGCAGCGUUUCCAACAGCAUAGAAAACAGAAUAUAGGGCUAAAUAAAUUAAACAGAAUAAACUAAAUGGCCUGCAGUCCUGCACAUAAUAUUUUUCAAUUGAUUAAAUUAAAAGAGUAGGUUAGGCUACUAAACGAAACCAUAAUGGAUUAUUUUAAAGAACCUAGCCUAGCUAUGUUGUUCUUUCCAAUCAUCGAAAAAAAAAAAUCCCUCCGUCAAAUAAAAAACAGGCCUACCUCAAACAACAAAGUGUCUAAUUUUAUUUUAAAAAGUAACACAUCUACGUGCUGUGGGGAUAAUCUGGAGCGCAACCUGUUGACAGUUAAUCCUGCGGCAGAAAAGACCCUCUCAGAUGGCACAGAUGUCCCGGGAAUACAGAGAUGCCGCCUCGCUAGAAUGGCCAGCGUCGGGAAGCGCCUUUCAUUUGCUUUCCACCAGUCAAGAGGAUUCAUAUCCAAAGAGGGCGGAUUGUCUCUCAAAUAAAUGGCCACCUCUGCUUCUGGAAGAUCAUUGUCUUCUUGUGGAGUGGCAUAAUCUUCUCCAAGGAGCAACAUCAUGGCAUUGCUCUGGCUGCAUUGUGUGCUGUGGGCACCAGCGGACGCCGCUUUCUCAUCGCCUCCCGUGGCCGUUUUUAAAGCAGAGCACAUGUUUAUAAGUAUCGCCUUCGCGGCUUCUUUUUCAGCUUGCGCAAGGUAACGGAGGUGUUUAUGGCGUGGAUCCAGCAGAGAGGCAAUCAGCGCUGGUUUCGCAAUGAACUCCUCUGUGUCAGCCUUUACCCAAACAGUAUCCUUAUAAACAAUGCAUAAUAAUAAUAAUAAUAAUAAUAAUAUCAACCCCCAUGCGGUCGCUAAAGGACUUUCGCCUUGAACUCUGCCACUCUGAUGUCAUCCUCGUCGGCCCUCAUCAGAUGCGUGUUGAGGAGGCUGAAGAUGAUGGGGUAAAUGUUGGAAAUUGACACGUUUUUUUUUCUGCCGACAUUACUGUGGUUGCACAUUUUAAAGUUUCCAACACUGGCGCAAUCUCAGCCAUUAUAUGCCAGUAUUCGUCUCGCAUCUCGACGACACACGAUUGCACGUGUUAAGGACCGUGAGUUCUUAACAAACAUGCGUCGCAUAUUUAUUUAUUAUUUUAAAAUGUAUAAGGAUAUAACAAUACUACUAAUAAUAUUAAUGUUAUUAUUAAAUGACAAUAUAAUAAUGAAAAUAUUAAUAAUAAUAAUAAUUUUAAACCGUUUAACUGAUAACAUUAAUUGGUCAAAAGUGCACCCUUUCGGUUAACGGUUAAACGGUCAAUGUGAGCAUCCCUAAUCUCAAAAGAUCUGGGCACAAAUCUUAAUAGUAUUGGACACGUGUAUGAGUAGAGAGAGUCAUAAAGAAGGUUAUGUCCAUUUUAGCAGAUGAGAACCACCCACUUUAUUUAAAGGUUUGCCUUCUGCCAUCAGGCAGAAGGUUUACUUAUUGUAGACGGGCACGGUCCAACAGAUAUUUGUAUUCAUUUGUUCCGACUGCAGUUGGGUUACUAAACAAGCUUUAAGUUGUUUUCUUCAGGAUUUUAUUGUUUAUUGUUAACUUUAUGUUGUUGAGUGUGACUUGUUGCUGUUAACUAUCGCUGUGUUGCCCUUCGGGGAUAAUAAAGACA